GCUCCCGCUCGGCUCUAUUUAGGGUGGGGUGGGGGGAGCGCGGUGCCCAGAUACCUCAGCUCCACCUGGCGGGCCACCGCCUGGAUUUCUCCCGCCUGCAGCCUCCUAAGCCUGCCCACCUGCCACAUCUGCACCCCCACUGCGACAGCCUCAUGGCCGCGACCUGUGAGAUCAGCAGCGUCUUCAGCAACUACUUCAGUGCUAUGUACAACCCGGAGGACCCCAGCCUGGCCUCUGUCCCCCCUGCUGGCUCCUUUGGGGCCGAUGACCUGGUGGUGACCCUGAGCAACCCCCCGAUGUCGCUAGAGGGAACAGAGAAGGCCAGCUGGUCGGGGGAGCAGCCCCAGUUCUGGUCGAAGGCCCAGGUCCUGGACUGGAUCAGCUACCAGGUGGAGAAGAACAAGUACGACGCCAGCUCCAUCGACUUCUCGCGGUGCGACAUGGACGGGCUCACCCUGUGCAGCUGUGCCCUCGAGGAGCUCCGGCUGGUCUUCGGGCCCCUGGGGGACCAGCUCCAUGCCCAGCUGCGGGACCUCACUUCCAGCUUCUCUGACGAGCUCAGCUGGAUCAUCGAGUUGCUGGAGAAGGAUGGCGUGGCCUUCCAGGAGACCCUUGGAGCCCCAGGCCCCUUGGACCAGGGAAGUCCCUUCGCCCCAGAGCUGCUGGACGACUCCCGGCAAGUCAGCCCCUAUUACCCCGGCGGCUACGGCACAGGAGCCCCCUCCCCCGGAAGCUCCGAUGUCUCCACCGCAGGGACCAGCACGUCUCAGAGCUCGCACUCCUCAGACUCCGGUGGAAGUGACGUGGACCUGGACGCCACUGACAGCAAGCUCUUCCUCAGAGAUGGCUUUCCUGACUGUAAGAAGGGGGACCCAAAGCACGGGAAGAGGAAGCGAGGCCGGCCCCGAAAGCUGAGGAAGGAGUACUGGGAGUGCCUGGAAGGGAAGAAGAGCAAGCAUGCCCCCAGAGGCACCCACCUGUGGGAGUUCAUCCGGGACAUCCUCAUCCACCCGGAGCUCAAUGAGGGCCUCAUGAAGUGGGAGAACAGGCACGAGGGCGUCUUCAAGUUCCUGCGCUCCGAGGCCGUGGCCCAGCUCUGGGGCCAGAAGAAGAAGAACAGCAACAUGACCUACGAGAAGCUGAGCCGGGCCAUGAGGUACUACUACAAACGGGAGAUCCUGGAGCGGGUGGACGGCCGGCGGCUUGUCUACAAGUUCGGCAAAAACUCCAGUGGUUGGAAGGAGGAAGAGGUUGAGAGUCGAAACAGGGUCUGAACUAGACCCGGGACCGAAGUUAUGGACAGACUGGAGUCCUGCAGCCCUCCUGGGAGGACAGGCAGGCCAGGUGGCCCUUUGGACAAGCUCCUUGCUGUGCUGGGGGAGAUGCUGGCGUCCUGGGGUCUUGUCCCCCAUCACAUCGGAUCCGGACCCGGAGCCUCUCUUUCCUGCCCUCCUUGGGAUUAUAAACCUGGGGUGUGAAGCGACAUCGCCGCUGACUCUGUAGCUGCAGGCUGUCCCCUUGUACCUGGUGGCUCCUCCAACCCAACCCUGGACACGAACAGCAGACGACAUCUUCCUUUUGCAGAUCCUGGACCAGCUGAAGACGCCAGGAGGGGCCGCGGAGAGCUCGGGGACAGAGAGGACAGGGCAGGCCUCUCGUGCCGUCUUUCUGGACUGGCUGCCACCUCCCUGCUCAGGGCUCAGGCUCCACGGCGGGGGUCAGAGCACCCCCUAAUUUAUGUGCUAUAAAUAUGUCAGAUGUACAUAGAGAUCUAUUUUUUCUAAGACAUUCCCCUCCCUGUUCCUCUCCCACUGAGUGCUGGUGGCUGGAUGGACUGUUCUAGGCCCUCUGUGAGCCAGCGAGGGGCGGGGUGAUGCCAGAACGCUCAGAAUGGGGCUCCUGGCUCCUUCCUCCUGUGAAUGGAGGCUGAGACCUCCAAUAAAGUGCCUCUGGCUUUUUCUAACCUU